AUUUAUCAAGGUAACUGCUGUCCAAGUACCAACGCUUUGACAGGACACACGUUCCUAGUUCAGGACCAGAAAAGUUCGUUCUAGAACUAAAUUGGAUCUAAAUCUUUGGACUGUCAUUUUUAACUCCGCGUGGUUCUCUGGCCUGUACAACAAAGCACACUGUUUUGGACCUACAGUCCCCUUGGAUUGUGUAUAUAAAGUUGUUACCCAGGAUACAACAGGAUCCUUGCAGUGUUUGCUGGCUAUGUGAUCAUGACCACCCUAUGAUAAGGUGGUGAGUUAGUACCCCAUACCUCCUCACCAGUACAGGAGGGGGGAAACAUCUUCACUGCAGCCAUUGGAGAUAUUUUUUUUGACAAGUUACAUUUUCGGCUUUCUGCCUUGCCUGUAUCUCCGGUUGCUCUCCCAGACAUCAUCAUUUGAAGCCAGCUGAUGUGUGUAUGUUAUCAAAUCUGUAAUAAUGAUGAAGAAAUUGGCACUUAAUCUGCUCAAGAGUGCAGAUGAGAAGCUGAGAAGUCUUGGGCACCACAAACAGCAGGGCAGCAGUAAACCUGGCACCACAAGUGGUGUCAGUGGUCACCCCAACCUACCUGUCCAGCUCCGGCCAGUGGUAACUGAAACACCAUUCCUGCAGCAGAGUACGCAGUCAUCCCCAAUCCAGACCCAAAGUCCCCUGACCCAGGGGUCAGGUCCUGCCCCUCCCAGACCACCCCCACCCACACAGCUAGCUCUGAAAGUGACCACACACGAUCUCAAUGACCAAAACAUGUCUGACCGACGUAUUCAAAGGGUUGGUCGGAGGGACCAGGGAACAGUGGCUGCAUCCACCGGGAGACAGGAAGCAACUUCGGUUCAGGAAUCGAGGUCUGCUGCCAUUAAACGUAGGUCACGCAGUGAGGGACCAGCAGGUCGUCUCAAACCGAGGAAUUCUAUGGACGAAAAAAAAAUGCAUGAAGUGAGAGAGAGAAACAGCAAAUCUGGUCAAGUCCGCGCAAAACAAACAACAAGACAUUCAAUGUUCACUGAGCCUCUGUCAGAUGACGGAUUUCCUGAUGUUCAUGGAAGCUCAUCGAGUGCUACAGAUUCCGAUCAGGAUAGAAAAACAUGGGUGAAAAAUCCUUUAAUGGUAAAAAAAGUUCGGAAAAAUGAUAAACGGAAAUCGUUGAAUACAACAUUAGAUGUGGGUGGAAAGGAAAACAAGAUAAAUCCGAGUGAACUCUCUUAUAUCACCAGUCGGUCACCACAGGUGUCUAGUAGAGAGGCAGUGUUGUACCAAGACAAGAUGGGUAACACUGUCGGUCAAAAAGCAAAGUAUCAAAAACUUGAGGAGAGGCGUAAAAAACGUGUUGAUAUAUUGGUGACUUCUGAUGAGGAACUGAAUUCGCCGGAGUUGAGAAUAUCUCGUCUCAGACAAAGAGCAUUACAAGGAUCAAAACUUGCUACAAAACUCCCAGAUCGACUUGAGGACAUAGAUUCCCUACAAAUCUCAGAAAUACAACCGAUGACCAAAUUGACCAAUGCUCCAGUCACAAAUACUCAAAGACUACAACCGGAACCAGCAGAAAACGAGUCAUCGUCGUCGGAGCAAAUCACACUUAGACCAAUUGGACCUGGGCAAACGAAUCUAAAUUAUGACAGUUACCGAAAAAUGGAAAUAGAGAAUAACCGAGCCAAUACUCGGUUUGAUGGGUCAAGGAAUAGCAGUAAUAUUAACCUGAAGGAAAGCUACCAUGGAUAUGUCCACACAGGUCGUGAAGGUCAAGGACGUGUCAGUCAAGGACAGGGAUACAAGAAAAUCCCGAAACAAGAUACUGAUUUCAUGGGUGGCAAUAUAUUUCAGAAAAACGAGGAAUUUCCAAAAGUUUCUCUUCAGCGAAGUGAAUCUUACGGAUCAGGUGACACAAGUGGCAAGCGAUAUAGAGAGCUCCCACAAGAGGGGAUAACUCGUUACUCAACGACAAUCAAUCAGUUUAGUUCGAACCAUCCAUCAAAAUCAGAACGGGGGAGUCAUAAGGGUAGAGUGGGAAGUGACAAUGAGAUGAGUUUCAAUGAUCUUAAUUCAAAUCGACCAAUGGUUUUGAAGAAAGCUAUUGACAGGGUGGAUAAUAAAAGGAAGUCCAACGAUGAUGAUGAUUCUCUAGACGAGCUCAUUGAAUCAAACAUUCAGUAUUUGGAAAGUGAAAUAGAAAGUGGGCGCUUACAGAUGCCCCAGCCGUCUUCUGUGCAAAACCAACAAUUUUUCAAAGAGUCAACAAGGAAAAUGGCUUCCGAGGAAUCUCCAAAACAAGCUUCCUCUUUUGAAAAUGUGUCGCGGCCCACAGUUUCAAGUUCAUCAUUUCAAAAUGAAGUGAAAUUAAGACUUCAAAUUCCAUCCGCAACCAGCUCUCCUCGUCCUGUGAUACGAUCUGUGAAGCCUCCCAUUGCUAGUGAUGGAAGCGGGAGUUGUUCUAGCUUGAGUCAGUACGAUGCUUUAUCAAACACACCUUCUGGGUCAACAUCCCCAUCACCUUCACGUAGUGUUUACACGCAUGUAUUCCAGAACACUGUUCCAAAGAUUGAACGCCGCCACCAGUCCGCGGCGCACAGUCCAUAUCUUCAGCGGAGACCAACCGAACUCACUGAAAUGGAAGAUUUGUCAAAGUCGGACAGUCAGUUAAAUACGCAGAGUUUCCAUCAGGGGUAUGCACCUCAAUAUCUAAAUCCACAGCAAGGGUAUAUGCGACAUGCCAAUUCUUCAUCAGCCGUAACACAGUAUGACAAUUGUGAAGAAAACCAAGUUUCACUUAAAAAUCUCUCAAUGCCCAUUGUAGAACAAGGUAUGUUCUCAGAUGUAGAAUAUGACAUAGAAGUGUCGGAAAGGGUUAAAAAAUGGGAAAAAUACAUGAAAAAGAAAAAACCUACAGAUGAUUCCAAGUCACCUUUAUCACUGUCAACAAUUUUAGAGCCGGAGGGUGGUAUCCCAGAAGCCUGGCUUCAAGAGGCGAUGAUGAUGCAAGAAAUUGAUCAGAUUCAAGAAAGCUUUGCGUCCUUGCCAAAGAAGAUUCAACCUCCUCCAAGUAGAGCUGUUUCCUCUGUUACAGUCACCGUGACAAAGUCUACGUCACAUAUAGCACCAGCUCCUAACCCUAAACCUCAAUUUCUACAGCAGAUGCAGCAGGAACGACAGAAGCAAUUACAAGAACAAAUGCAGCAGCAACAACAUCAACAGAAAAUCCAAUACGAGCAACAACAAAGGCAGAUGCAGCUUCAGCAGCAGCAACAACAGUAUGAACAACUUAAACAACAACAAAUGCAACAACAACAACAACAACAACAACAACAACAACAACCAUACCAAUACCAGCAGCAAGAGUAUGCUUCUGCGCCAGAUUUUGAUGAUCCGAAAGUUUUGUCAACAGAGACUAAUUCUCAUCGUGUCUUUCGUUUGGUGAAGGAACCAGGUGGUACAGCAAUAACUCGAUCCAGUGACAACUCGUUACAGUUUGUCCAAAACCCUAACGUUUACAACAGUAAGACGUACGCUCCACCAAAAACAAAUUCUCAGAAGGACGAGACGAAGCGGGCAAGGCGAGCUAUAUCUGAGGAACAGCUUGAAAAGGGAGAUAAAUCUGAAAUAAAUGUCACUUUUACCAAAGCAUGGCCACCGCGUAGAAAUAAGUCCUUCUCAGAGGAACAGAAACAGGCCCGACUCUCCAAAUAUGAGGAGGAGUUGUCGGAACUUCAGGAGUUGAAACAGGACAGUGUGAAGGAUUUAAGAAAGCGGUUUGAUUCUGAUGCAAGUGGGAAUGAGGGAACAGAUACAUAUGAGGAGACACUCUCGGCUGCACGUACGCCUGUUAUUCAUAGGAAACAGUACAUACUUCCUGUGGAUCAGGUAGUGCCAGAUAAACAGGUGCUGGAAGAGAAAAUUGUAACAAAGGUGAGUCGUCAGGAAAGCAAACGUCCGAGCGACCUACAGAAUAUAUCUCCAAAGCUGUCAGACAAUGUCAAAGAGAAGGAGGUAUGGUCCCCGCAUCUAGAGAGUUCUAAAGGUCUUGUAAGUAUAGAGCGAGUCAAGGCCAGAACCCUCCAAACAAUCCCCUUCUCGGAGGACCCAUUCUGGAAACAGAUAGAAGAGAUGACCAGUUUUGACAAACUCAUGAAGUCUGGUGAGGUUAUAGACGUGGCUGAUGUUUCUCGACCAGUAGAAUCUAUCGCUUAUAUUAAGCAGAACCCUGACGAAGAGAUGAUAUGCACAUCAUAUGCACACGUCGUAAGCACGAACAGUACAACUAUAUAUUGCCAGUCGCCCAGUUCCACUAGUUUACCCAUACCAACUACACGAGCGAAGUCGUUCAGCACGCCGGAGAUUCAGCCUCUCAAGCUGGGUAAUGCCCCUGUCAUAAAGAGCAGUGUGGCAGCCUUGGACGAGGUGCUGGAGGAUAUACGGUCAUCACUUAAACGUAAACCUGUCCCAGCACAUGGAACGACCAGAUCUGCUCCGGUAGAGAAAGAGUCGCCAUUCUUUUCUCCCUUGCGAUCUCCAGUAUUACAACCAGUUCAGCAAAUCCCUGUAUCAAAUAUACCAGGAUAUCAGCCUGUACACGUAGCAAGUAAUAUAGCGCGAACGUUGAUUCAGACUCAACAACCGAUGACAGCUGGAGUCCAGAGUAUCGCUCACAGUGUCCCUACCUACCAGUCGCAGCGAUUGGCUGAGCUACAAAAUCAGUUAGGUAUCACUAAGCAACAGGCUCAGCCGGCCACAGUGAGUGUACAGCAACAACAGCAACAGCAACAACAACAGCCGGGCGCACAAGCCAUGCACUUCAUUCCAGAGUAUUCAGCGGAUCCUUUUAUCAUCAAUGGUAACUACCAGCUAGACCCAAUGAUCUUGAAGGAGAAACUACUGGACACUGGGCUAGCUGAGAUGUCCGACAGUGGAGGUUCAUUGAAGGGAAUCACAAGUGGAAGUGGAAGAGGAUCCGUAACGCCUACAACUGCAGCAACACAAAGACGGCCGAGUGUUGACGCGGAAAAGCAAGUGUUACAGACAGUGGAGGAUUUGAAAAACUUGGCGAGAGAUGUGGAAAACCGGCUGAGUCUCAUUCGUAGCAGGAUUGAGUGUAGUGAUGAGAAUAGACUAGACUCCAUUCUAGGUGCUUUGAGAAACUUUGCCCCUAAUGUCGAACCUGCAGUGGUUCAUCAGCCAACGGUUCAACUAACGAGUGAAUAUCACUCUAGGAAAACAAAACUUCAAGAGGCACUCUCAGAGCUUGACAAAAUCUACAAGAAUUUAAAUGUUGUUGAACAGCCUCGGUCUGUUACUACUACGGUUACCACAGAGACCAAGGGUAACACAAUACCACGUCUCUCCGGUACACAUGUUGAGUAUCGGUCACAGAUUAAAAAAAGAAACAAAUCGGAUUCGGAUUUCAUGACAAACUACUCUGAGGAAUCAAUAGCGGAGGUAGAGAGGGAAACACAAAGGGAAUUUGAGGAUAUUACUCAAGCAUUUCAGCAUUUAUUAGCUGAGGUUGACCGUGAAACUGACCAGGAUUUAACGGAGCCGUCAACUCCUACACAAAAGGACCCACAAACACACGCACAGGAGAUAGAGGCCACUAUAGAAUCCUUCCUCCAGGAAUAUCGUGAUUCGGGGAAACUUCCAGGAGGACAGAGUGCAAGUUUUAACAGAGCAAUUGAAGGCCUGGCUGCCAAGGAAGUGGGUAUUCCAAAUAGAUGUAGAGACAUUCAGAAGUCAGAGGUGUUUACUACAUCGUCUGGGCCUUUCUCAGUUCUCGUUGGCAUCAAUGGUAAUGGAAAGAAAAGUGGUAAAACCACUACGAAGCCUAAAUCGAAACCUCCGUCUACAACUGCUCUUGUUAGAAGUAGUCCUCCACAACCCACGUGGCAUAACAACCCUAUGCACACAGCAUCAGUACAGACAGGCACAGAACAAGAACACUGCGGUGAAGUCACGGAGCAAGACGUUAAUUUGGAUGAGGUGUUCAAGUCCGUGUUGGAGGACAUAUCGGACGACUCCAGUGAACACAGUCUUGAGAACAUCAAAAUGGUAUCUCGACGAGGAAAGCGCCACAUGGCGCACAGGAAAUCUAUGCCAGCUGAAAUGUUUAAGAGAAGCAUUGAGACCAAGACUAUCGAGACACAGACUGAUACUCCUAGCAUGGAACCAAGGAAGGAUAAGAUCAAAUCUAGGAAGACAGAACUAUCGCGAGAGGAUUCGAUCUCCAGUGAGAGCUCUCUAGACGCAAAAGGCCCGCAAAGGAAGAAAAUUGCAAGGAAUAUUGCAAUGAUGAUGGAGAUUUUCAGCUCAAGUGAGGACGAACGCCGUAGGACAUUGACACAUUCUCACAGCGCUCCAGAUUUACGAGAAAUAUUCGAUGGAGACAGAAUAUUUUCAAGACAGAACAGUAAUAGCUCGCAAGGGAAAAUACAGACUCCAAAAAUGGUCAAACAGCGGUACGAAGCUAGAGCGAAGAAAAGGGCGGCGCAGGUCUACACACGGGAAACAAGCAUGGAGGAAAAGGUGGAGGACUUUGCAUGGACUUCGGCUACGUCUGAUGAUGGUUCCCAAAUAUCACAGGGUUCAAAACCUCCACUACACCCUAAACGGAAACAAAAAUCAACCAGUCCCGACCGUUCGAUCUUGGAUGGAAAAUCUGGAAGCCGGAAAGGAUCAUCCAAUGAUUGUGAUAGUGUCAAAUCAGAGGUUGUACUACGGAAAAAGAAGAGGCGCACGAGCUCUUCAAAUUCACAAGAUGAACACGACCGACCACACAGUUUCCACGAACUAGUUGCUAUGUUUGAGACAAAUCCAGAUCGUUUAAGCAGAUUGCAGAAUUCACUGAGAAGGUGUGCCUCGGCGGAUAUGGUAUUCAUGGAGACGGUGAUGAAGAAGUCCUACCACUCAGAGCCCGACCUCAGAGACAAUGUAUCCACCGACUUUCAAAGUGCUAAACUAUUCCUAGAAAUCCAAGUCAAAUCAUGAACAAUCAUAAAACAUAAUUCAUAAUGGCCACCGAAAACAUCACUUGAUUAUCAUUUAGCUUACAAAAUCAUAUUGAAAACAAACAGAAAUACCUUGUGGAGAAUAUUACUUUCUCAAAUUAGAAUACAGAUAAAGAAUAGAUAUAAUCGUCAGCCGAUCGUAGGAAUCAAUUGUUAUAAAGUAAAUCCUUGUAACUACAUCUAAACAUGAUAGUGAUAAGCAACUCAAUAAUUCAACUGUAAAUUGCUGAACAAUGUCACCUUGUACUGGAAUCACACGUUUCAUUACUGUUUCACUAACACAGAGUAGAAACACUAAUGAUUCUGUUUCCCCGCUAUCGCUGAUCUUUCAAAAAUAGGUUGUGAUUUGAAAGGUGAAAGCAGACUUGAAGUUUUUUGUCAGUACUGUCCUAAUGUAGGAAAUGCUCAGUUCUGUUCUUGUGAGUUGGUAAAUUAAAAACAACAUCUACAUGUACAGUGUAAUUGUAAGUGGAGAUAUCCACAUAGAUAGCCCCCUCUCAACUAACUUCGUGUCCUGACUCCGACUGUUUAACAAUUUUAUCAAGAUCAAAGAGAGGCAUAAUAAUUUUAGCUCACCUGGCCCGGAGAGGCAGUGACCUUAGCAUAGCUCGGGUCCGUCGUCCGUCAACACUUUCUUUGAAUCGCAACUAGUCCUGAACGCCUGAAUGGAAUUUGAUGAAAUUUUGUCUGGAGCAUUACUGGGCAAAGAGGAUUCAAUGCUUUGUAAACCAGCGUGUGGCUGCCCUGUGGCUGGUACCAGUAGGAGAAGUAUACCCUUUAAAUCGCUAGUUCUCCUGAGCAACUAAAUGGAUUUUGAUAAAAUUUCGUCAGGAGCACUAUUGGGAAAAGGAGAUCAAUGUUGUAUAAAUGAGGACUGUGGCUCCCCUGGGAUCGGAGGGGCAAGGCCAAAUAGGGGAAAUACAUCAAAUGCUUUAAAGUAUUUCUUAUUCUUUAAGAGCGAUAUGAUUCGGUUUAAACAAUUGUUGGGAGACUUGACUCAAAAACGUAGAGAAUUAUUUGUAAUAUGUAACUUCAAUGAGAAUGUUCUGCUAAGUGAGCGAUGCAGGCCCUCUGGACCUCUUGUUUAUGUUACCUUCCCUUAUCUUCUUAAUGACGUAUCAAAACUUACACUAAACAUAAAUGAUAUAACUACUUGAAUGUAUAAUAUCCUAAGUGGCCAAUUUUUAUUUUAUUUCUUUUUUUUACUGAGCAAAGAUCUCUAGUAUUUAUGAAGAUGUGUCAUAUAUGGUUAUUUUACGUAUCGGCAUUAAAAUGCCCCAUUAAUGUAUCAUCACUAUGUUUUAAACUAUUUAAUGCUGUAAAUAUAGUAGAAGUAGUGUUUUAAUAUCUUUUAUAAUUAAUUUUGUAUAUAGUAAUAUGGUAAUUAAGCCACAAAUUUCACACACGUUUUAUACGUUUGUAAAGACGGAUCAAUUUGCCCUUCUCUGUAAUCCGUCCUCAGUCCGUCGGUCCCUCCAUAAACGAUUCUCGUUAUCGCUCUUUCACCAAUUUCAACUGUAUAGGAUUGGUCCAAAUGGUCUGUGUGGCUCUCCUGGGUCGGGGGGCAAAUAAGGGAUAUAUAGCUAAUUAAAAUCCUUCUGUAUGAAUGGCAGG